AUGGCUGUACCAGGGUAUUAUGAACUGUACCGUCGUAGCACGGUAGGAAACAGUUUAGUCGAUGCGCUCGAUACGCUUAUUAGCGAUGGAAGAAUCGAGGCAUCCCUCGCAAUGCGUGUACUCGAAACGUUUGACAGAGUAGUGGCUGAGACUCUACGAGACAAUACUCAAUCUAAGUUGACAGUAAAGGGGAAUUUGGACACAUAUGGGUUUUGUGACGAUGUAUGGACUUUUAUUGUGAAGAAUUGCCAAGUUACAGUAGAAGGAGUCCCAGGUGGCAACAGUGGUGAUGCACAAACAACUGUUUCCGUUGAUAAACUGAGGAUAGUGGCAUGUAAUUCAAAGAAGAGUGAAUAG